GUUGGCAUUUCUGUUAUUACUAAAUCUCACCUACUUCUCCGGUGCAGCAGUUAACCCUGGACAGAUAUGCUCAGAAGAUAAAACUUCCAAAAAUCCCAUUUUCUCGAUUCCUGGGCACGACGUGAUCUGUGAAGGCUCACUACCAGAAAAUGAUCGGUUGGGGCUUCCUAAUCAAUAUAACAAGGAAAGACUCGAUAGGAGAUCGCUUCAACUCAUCGCAGUGGAAGGAGUUCUGCACAAACAUUCUUUGGACCUAUUUCCAAAUGUCAGAACAGUGUUCAUUUAUAAAAGCGACAUAAAAAACUUCACCUCCAUUCUGAAGAUAGGAACAGCACUACACAUUGCAGAGUCCAAAUUUCCUGAUAUCACUUCUGACACCUUCACAGAGAACAGAUAUUUCACAACUUUGGGUCUACACUCCAAUCCCAAUCAUACGGUUCACGUCGGUGGUUUCAAACGUUUAUGGUUGUUGAGGGUCUUGAUUAUCUACAAUCAAACUCUCACCACACUCCAGGAUGGUUUUCUGACAGGACUGCAGAAGGAGUUGAGGGAAUUGAUUCUCAACAGGAACAAUUUAUCCGUAAUCCAAGACAAUGCGUUCAAAAGCAUGGAGAACUUGAGGCUAAUAAAUCUGGAUUACAACCCUUUGAAGAGCUUCAAUCCGAAGCUCCAUCACUUGAAAAGGAUUGAAAGUAUUUCCUUGGCGCACACGAUAUUAUUCAAGCUCGGUAUGAGACUAUUUCAUCCAGUUAGGAAUUUGAGGAGUAUUGAGCUACCUACCACUGCUUUGUCAGCAAUGGAAGAAACGGAUUUGAUCCAGAUGGCUAUAGUUUUUCCGAAUUUGAAAUGUAUUCACUACAAUUCACUGGAAGAUAUUACUACGCCAUUGGGACCACUGUUACAUAAAAUGGAAGCAAUGGGUUUGAAUGUAACUGAUUCAAUGAAAUUGAAUUCAGCAACAAGUACUCUGUAUGAAAACAGUUCUUAUCAGACAUGUGAGCCAUCAUGGACCUUUCAUAAAUAGUUUUGUAUUUUUAAAAAAGUAAAUGAUCUGUUUCAUUCCUUA